UUCUAUUACAGAGGUGGUAUGGUACAAAAAAAUGUGUGGUAAGUAGAGCAUUUACGGUCGAACCAAGACAAGUAGCAGUAGGUACCUCACAGAGAGAGAGAGUGGGAGAGAGAGAUGGAUGGGUUGCCUGCAAGGGGAGUGAGAAAGAGAGAGAUCAUACCGGACAUAGUUGAAGUAAUCAACUUAGAAGAAGACAAUGCAGCUCAAGAUAAGAAGAAAACAUGUAAGAAAGUGGAGGGAUCGAAUGCGGAUCAAGUUGGUUCCUUCACUAAGGCCAUCUCCAACUGAUGGCUAGCCAGAGAGCUCGUUUUAUCCAUCUGGAAAAAAUGAUGCUCAUGCAACUUUAUUCCACAACCAGGAGUGAAAAGAAUGCCAAGAUGCUGCUUAAAAUUUUGGGAGACAGCGCUAAAUCUCUGAACAACAUUGGUGAGUUGGAAAGAAUUAGAGAGGAGAACAAGGUGCAUGUUAAGGAGGAAAGGGCUGUUGAGGCCAAGAAGCCAGAGACUCAGAAGAAGGACGUAGAGAGGAAGCCAAGAAGCCAGCCAGAAACUCAGAAGGACGUAGAGAGGAAGAAGAAGCCAGAAGUUGUAAACAAGAAUGGAAGAGAGGAAGCCGGCUCCUCCAGACCUGCUUUGCAUCCUGCUGCUGAUGAAAGAGACCGAGCUGGAGAGGAGGCUCGCAAGAAGACAAUUCCCUGCGCUCGCUGUGGUGGCACGAACACAACGUUUCGUUACUUCAAUCAAGGGGAUCUCAGGAAGGACACACGUAAGUGUCAUGAUUGUAACAGAGCGUGGGUUGUAGGUGCAAAAUUGAGAUAAUAUUAAUAGGAUUGGGACAGUACGGUAGUACAAAGAUGCCAACAAAAUCUCAAACGUGAGGAAUGUCAAGCUAUUGACUGUUAAGGACAAGGUUCGAAUUA